AUGGAUCAGAUACUCUCCAAAGCUUCAAACCAAGUGGUAUCAUUUGCUAUACGCUCAGGUAUAUCAAUAGCAUCCGGUUAUGCCAUUAAGACCAUCUCUACAUUUGUUGACAAGAUCCCAGCUCUGCAACAACAACGUCUUUCAAAACAACGACGUAAACUCAAGACAAAAAUUGAUAUCAUCAACGUUACUAUAGACUUGAUUAAGCUUGCAUCAAGCAGAGGAAACACUGUUUUGGAAUCCACCUUGGAGUUGAUCGAUGAUUUGCAUGACCAAUUUACAUCAUUUGACGAAGGGGUUAAUGAUAUAACGGCACAAUUAUCGAGUGCCAAUACUAAAGAUAGUGUCAAACGGGUUGAAGAUUGCAUGCAUGAUUUGAUGGCGGAAAUCAAUGAUGCAAUACCAAUUUUGAACUUGUCUUUAAUCACAUCAGGGAUAAAUCUCAAUGGCAUGACUAAUUUCAACUCCAUUUCACCUGGAAGGUUAUUACAAGCUUCAAAUUACUUGAAUCAAGGUGGCGAAUUGGUUGGCCCUGUAUUUGAUCUUGUCAUGUAUACAAUUUUCUACAAUCCUAGUAGAAUGAAGUACAUCGACGAAGGUGGCGACAAUGCUGCUGUUGCUGUCGAUGAAUUGAGUUGCAUAACAUGGAAGGAAACAUUUGCCAGGAGUUCAGUCCAGAUUAAAAAUAGUGGAAGCAAAAAAGGCGAAUUUAAAUAUACUUUAAACAUUGAAGAAAAUUUCAAUGAUGGAAGGUUUCACGACGACGGCGACGAUGAUAAUAAACCAGGAGUGAAAAAGUAUGAUUUGAAAUGGAUUCACAGUAUGUUUUUCACGGCCUCGGGGAAGUUACUUAGGCUAGAAGGACGUAAUUUGCCAGUAUUAAUUUUGAAAAUAAUCGAUGGAGAUAAAGAAGAAUGGAUUGCAUUGGGUGAACUUCAUCUGAAUGAAUUUGACGACGAAGAAGAUGAUGAAGAUGAAGAUGAAGAUGAAGAAGAUGAUGAUUUGGAGAAACCAAAGCGGAAAGAUAAACUCACCCAACAACAAAUCAAAUCCAGUUCCUUGUCCCUACUAGAGUAUAUCAUAAGAUUAGCCCGGUUGCAACAAAUUGAAAACAAGAGUAUAUUGACUAUACCCGAUGAAGUAUUAAAAUUGUAUUUGCAUGAUCAACUGGCAAGUGCUGAUUUGCCCAAAUCAAUCACAGAACGAAAUAAACAGGAUACAAAAUCAAAACAAACGCAAGAUAAGUUGACGAUGGAUUCAAACAUUACUCGAUUGAAAAACCUCGAAAUUGAAAAAUCAGAGAAAUCAGAGAAAUCAAAGAAAUAA